UAGAGAGAGAGGGGGCAAAGGAGAGAGGCCAUAUGAAACCAGCAGAGCAUAAGCCACGCUUUAUCCUGCCAGUCUGUCCCGCUCUGCGAGCACAGGAAACACGCAACUCCCCCAGCCCUCACUCACUCACUCAUCACGCUCUUUCACACACUUCUACAGACACACACACACAGCGGCUCACAAAGGACUGGAGGAUGGCUGUGUCCAUGAGAAGAAUGAAUGGGUCCUGGAGAGGGAUGGCUCUAGCCCUGGUUCUCUGUACACUGCUCCUACACAAUGAAGUUCACUGUCAAGAUUCCAUUGAUACACCUUAUACAUCCGAUGCCAAAGAUUCCCCUGGUGCUGCACCCACAGACGCCCCAGGUGCUGCACCCACAGACGCCCCAGGUGCUGCACCCACAGACGCCCCAGGUGCUGCACCCACAGACGCCCCAGGUGCUGCACCCACAUACACACCGGGGGCUGCACCCACAGACGCCCUGGGUGCUGCACCCACAGAUGCAACAGGUACUGAUGCCACCAUCGAACCCCAAGCCCCUGUAGACGACAAGGCCACUACUGUCACUAACUCCACAGCUGACAACACUUCUGGGACCAGUACUCCAGUACCAGACCAGGACACUACCUUCACUCCAGUACCAGACCAGGACACUGCCUUCACCUCCAUGGUGCCAGAUCAUGACCCCUUAGCCACAGGUGACACCUCUGGCACCACAGCUGGACCUGGUGUCGACACACAGGGCACUGAAGCUACUGAUGACCCAGGCGCACCUGUUGUGCAUCAGGCCCCUGUUUUUGUUCUUCCCACUGUUGAGUGUGUGGACAAGGAGGCAGUGAAGGACAAAGACACAGUCAAGGUGGAGCUUUCUUCAGAAACUAGCUGUUCAGUGACCAAGAGAAUCAUGGAGGAUUCAGCCUGGUGCACAGGAGACUGCAACCUUAAACUGUUCCAGGAGGAGAACUCUAACACACUGGUUUUGACACGCUCUAAUGGUGGAGUCAAAGAUUUGUCAGAGAGCCUGAACAGCCAAGACAUCAAGGGCCAGCUGGGUGUGGUGAAUGCAGCUCCUCAGUGGGGUAAACACUCUUCCACCGUGCUGGUGUCUCUGCUCAUCAGUGGCCUGCUGCUGGCUGCUGCCCUCAUCGGAGGCUACUGUCUGAAGAAACACUGCAGACACAACGCCAAGGGCAUGAGGCUGGCUGAGGAUGCGUACCCAGUGGAUGAGGAGAACCAGGGGAACACCCUGGUGUCUGUGGCGCCUCUCAACACCCUUGAGACCCGGGAGAAGCCCGCUAACGGGGAUUCCCAAGAGGCCGCCAAGACCCAGCCCCCUCCCACCAACGGCCACUCCACCGCCAACUUGGCAGACACAGAGCUGUGAAGACUCCACUAGAACCCCUGGAGAAGAAUGAAACUUACCCCUCCAUCCCUCCAACACCAACCCUUCCCCUCAGAACAUGGCAGAACUCCAGCGACCCCCAUCCUACAGUGGACAUCAAGGACAAAAACUGCCCCUCAUAACCCCAAUAACCCCCACAUAAACACUCCUUCAGACUCUCCAUGUCCCCCACCAACUCCAUGGUAAAGACAGAUAAGAUUGAUGAUGAUAAGGCUUGAUACUAAUGUGAAUGAUGAUGAUGAUAAUAAUGAGGCCGAGGGCUGUAUCCCUGUCCCUUGGAUGCUUUCGUCAUUCAGGCCUGGAGGUUGGGCCGAGGCAGGACUGGGUGGGGAGGGAGGGUUUUACGUUGUUAAUCACCACUGGCUCCAAGACAGCGGCUGGGGUCCCAUCAACCACGCCAUGUGCCCUGCCUGCACGUCAUCAGGUUUAAAGCUUCCUUCCAAAAAUCCGUUAACCAUAAAUAGAAGCAAAGCUUCACGUUCAAUUCAAAUUGGUCCUUAGACCUUAGUUGAUCGCAAAAAAAAGUAACAUCCUUAAAUCUGUUUACAAAGUUCUGAGUGGAAUAAAGGAGCGCUCUGAGCUUGUUUGUUCAUCUUUGUGCAUGCUUGUGUGUAUGUGCUUGCUUUUUGUGUAUGGGUGUGUAUUUGAGCUAGCAAUUUUGUGUGCGCAAGACUGUCUGCGAAAUGUUUUUGCGUGUGUGCGCCAACUAUACAUUUUUUUUUCUUUCUCAAUUUUGUAAAAUGAGUAGACAAGGUGAUGGCUUAGGGAGUUAGGUCCCCAGUAGUGGUGAGGAGAGGGGUCCUCUUUUGGCGCUUAAUCUCACUGCCAAUCUGUAGGAGACGAAGCAGGAAAUAGUCUCCCCUUCAUUACUGCAAGCUGAACCCAGAUCAGCCAAUGGUCUGACAGGAGGUAGAAAAAGAAGAUCCACACCAUGUCACCAUGGCAACUGCUGAAAACCACCCCAGACUGAUUUGUAUAAUGUCUGGGUCACAGUGUAGUGUGUAUAUAAAGAGGUCAGGUGUGCCAAUCCAAGUCAGUAUUAUGAUAUUUUCAAUACCUUUUGUAAUGGUAUCGAAUUAGACACUUAAUACAUACAGUAUUAUAUUGAACAAUGUUAUAUAAUAUGCUUCUGUUUUAUGUUUUUGUGACUCUUGUGUACUCACACUUGCUUUGUUCUAAGCCACAGAAAUCAUUUUCACCAGCUUGCCAUGCAGACAUUCUGUAUAGGAAGGAGUGAUCAUACACAGAAAUCAUUUUCACCAGCUUGCCAUGCAGACAUUCUGUAUAGGAAGGAGUGAUCAUACACAGAAAGUACUUGUAGCUUCUUUUUGUUUUUCAUUUUAUGUCAUACGAAUUCUGAGGUUAAGGUAUUGUUUGGGUCUCUUUUAGUGUGUCUGAAACAUGUCUUUAGCCUAGUUGCCCAUAUACGCAGGUAGCCUAGUGAUGAGAGUGUUGGACCAGUAACCGAGAGUUUGCUAGAUCGAAUCCCCGAGCUGACAAGGUAAAAAAAAUCUGUCGUUCUGCCCCUGAACAAGGCAGUUUAGCCACUGUUCCUAGGCCGUCAUUGUAAAUAAGAAAUGUGUUCUUAACCGAGUUGCCUAGUUAAAAAAUAUACAUGUUGCGCAAAUGCUUGGCAAUACAUUUUAGCAGAACUGCAUUUAAAACACAGCCCAAUCUAUUGUUUAAAAGUACACUCGGCAUGCAUAGCAGGGUGAUUUCUUGUUUAUAGACCUCUACAAGUAGAUGAAUUCAUAUAGUCUACCCUUAAAAUCAGGAACUAAGAGGAAUGUUACAAUUUCCAUUAUGCAUAACAUUACAUCACUGUUUUUGUUUUAUCUAACUGGAGGAAUUUGCCAUUUAAAAACAACAACAUUUGAGCACAUAAGUGUUACCUUACUUUCAUUUCUACUUUUCAGAAAUGUUCUGUAUUUUUAACAUCUCAAAAUUACUGUUAAUUCUACUAGCAUCCUAAAGUUCAAGAAUGGAAUUUGGAAAAUAAAAGAAUGUUUUUAUAAAAUUUA